AUGAGUCGGGCGGGCGUUCCGUCGGCUCCUCAUCCGCGGACCUCUCCGCGCUGGGCGGUCUUUCUGUGGACAGGGGUGCAGGCCGUGCUUCUCCUCGCCGGCAUCUCCUGGGUCGCGUUCAACGUGGUGUUCCUUUACUCGCAGUUUUUGGGAUCUGAUAUAACGACCCUCUCGCCCCGCCGCUCGAAUGCAGCCAGCUCUGAGGGAGGCGGCGCCGCAGGCUACACCUCGUUCGUGGAGAAUGGAAAAGACACAGGAGGGAACGGAAUGGCGAUGGGCGCGCAGCCUGGAAGAUACCACGGAAUCCUCGGAAGAAAAAGUGACGGAGCUUCAGGCUAUACUCCCAGUCCCGCGCCGCCAGAGGACUUGAACAUGGCGCAAGCGCUGGCCCGCGGCGGGGGCUUCAACUUGUUCCUCUCUGACCAUCUUCCGCUGGAUCGCACCCCGCCGGAUGCGCGGCAUGCAGCGUGUCGGAAGCUGCAGUACGACCGCUCCAAGUUGCCUCGGGCGUCGGUGAUUAUUGUGUUUUACAACGAGCCCUUCUCGACGUUGCUGCGCUCGGUGCACAGCGUGCUGAACUGGACGCCUCCGGAGCUGUUGGAGGAGUUGAUUCUCGUUGAUGACGGCAGCACGAUGGCGCACAUUCGCGAGACGGGGGGGACGGGGCAGCUGGCGGACUACCUGGCGCUGCUGCCAUCCAAGGUGCGUUUGGUGCGGAACGGCGUGCGGAAGGGGAUCGUGGGAGCCCGGAUGAAAGGCAUUCGCGAGAGUAGCGCACCGGUGUUUGUGAUACUCGACAGCCACAUCGAAGUGAGUCCGGAGUGGCUCGAGCCGCUACUGCAGCGCAUCCAAGAGGACCGGCGCCGCGUGGUCAUGCCGCAGAUCGACGGCAUCGACGCCGAGAACUUCUCCCACACAGUCGGUGGCAUCGGCUGCAAACUCGGGUUCCUCUGGAAGCUCAUGGAGCACUCGUACGAGGAGCACCAGACGGCGCGGCUGCCCGCGGCCGACCGGAAUCCGGCGCCGACAGCCUUCCAGAGCUCACCCGCGAUGGCUGGUGGCCUCUUUGCCGCGGACAAGGCGUUUUUUUUCGAGGUCGGCGCGUACGACGAAGACUUCCAAUAUUGGGGCACGGAGAACCUUGAGCUCAGUUUCCGCCUCUGGCAGUGCGGAGGCUUCCUCGAGUGCGCGCCCUGCUCGCGCAUCUACCACAUCUUCCGGAAGGGCGGCGUCGGCUACAGCAGCCCUGCGGACUCAGUCACCAUCAACAAAAUGCGCACGAUGCUAUGGAUGGACGAAUACGCCGACCUGGCGUGGCGAGUCCUCGGGAAGCCGCACGUCGACUACCGCCCCGAGUCGCUUGAGCAACGCCGCGCCUGGCGCACCCACAAGGGGUGCAAAAACUUCCGCUGGUACAUGGAAAACGUCUUCCCGGAAGCCGACGUCGUCACGCUCGACGACGUCCCCUACCUCGGCCCUCUGAAGAACGCCAUGACGGGGCUCUGUCUCGACAAUAUGGGCUGGGCGUCUCCCGGGCACUCUGUUGGACUGCGCUCAUGCCAUGGUGGCGCGACGCAGACCUUCAUGUUCUUCAGGAAAGUCGGGCACGUGAUGCCGGUGAACGACGACGAGUCUUGCUUGGAGCCGUCAGGCCAGCUGGACUGGUGCCGCGGGAACUUACGAUUCUGGUGGGACGUCACCUCGAGCGGGCAGCUGAUGUUCCGACAGACGCAGCAGUGCCUCUCCGCAUUCAGCGGCAAACUGACAAUGGUGCACUGCGAUGACACUGACCCUUUCCAGAUCUGGUCAUGGCCGCAUUACAAGCCUCCGGAUGUAUUUACAUUUCCGCCGGUAACCAGGCUUAAAGAGGAAUAG